AUGGAUAUAGAAUCUAGAAAAAAAAUAAGCGAUUUAAUUAAAGAUGCAACAUCAACUGGUUCAUUAAAUCUUUCUACCGACCACGUUUCAAAAUUUAAAGCAAUUUUAAAACUAUCAAAUUCAAAUAUUAAAAGUGCAUUCGAUUUAUUAAUUGAUAGGUUAAAAUAUAAACAUGCCCAAGUUAGAAUUUCAACAGUUAAUAUUAUAAAUGAAAUUUUUAUGCGAUCAAAAUAUUUUAGGGAAUUACUAUGUGGGGUUUUAUCAACAUUUUUCGAACUUACUUUGGGUAUUAAUAAUACUCAGUUACCACCACCUGCAAAUAGUGUAUUACAUUUAAGAGCUAAAACAUUGGAAUAUAUAGAGAAAUGGAAUGAAUCCUAUGGUGCUCAUUAUAGCUUAUUAAGAAAUGGUUAUUAUUAUUUAAAAAAUUCUCUACGUUUAAAUUUCCCUGAAAUUAGAGCAAAUGCAUUAUCAAGAGAUAGGGAAGAAAAUGAAAGAAAGGAAAAAACUCAAACCUUAUUAAAAUUAAAAUAUGAUAAAUUUAAAAUAGAGUUUGAAGAAAUGUCAAAAUCAAUUUUUACAAUUAUAGAUGACAUGGAGCAAUUAUUUAGUGAUAUGAUCCCCGACCCAUCAAAUAAUUUUGACGAUUUAUUUGGAAGUGACGACGAAGACUAUAAAGAAGGUUUAAAAAGAAAAGAAAAAGAAAAAGAAAUAUUAGAAGAACAAUUAAAAGAAAUAGAAAAGCAUGAACUAGGUAAUAACGAAGAUGGUAUAGAAAUUGAAUUUGGUGAUGAAGAGGAAAGAGAAGAUAAAACAAAUAAACCCUCAAUAGAUCAUUCAAAUAUUGUUAGAGAAGGUGGCUUUGGUAGUUUACAAUAUACAAUCGAAGUUUCAGUUAAUCCAGAUGAUACCAAAGAUAAUUUAGAUAAGGAAAAACUUCAAAUGUUGUCAAAUAAAAUUACAGAAUUAGAGAAAAUUCAAAACCUAGUUGUUAAUGAUUGGUACACAACAUUAAUCAAAAUCAACAUUAAUUCUCAUGAAGACCCCCAGUAUUCUGACUAUUUAAGAAAAGUAAUCGAUAUUCAAUCAAAAAUCAAUAAUACAAAAUUAAAAAGCAAAGAUAUUGAUAUUUUACCAUUCAGUAAUCAAGAUGACAACCCCCAACCAAAAGAAGACGAAGGAGAGGAUGAAUUCGAAGGUAUAGAAAUGGAAGAGUUCACAAUGGAGCAAAAUGAAGAGAAUAAAACUACAACUACCACUACAACAACAACGACUACCACCACAACAACUGGCUCUCCAACAGAUAAAUUAAUUUAUAAACCAUACUACAAAAGAGAUAUUAAGCCUGUUGAUGUUAAAGAUUUACCCGAAGAAGAAUCUGUUGAAGACUUACUAAAACGUGCACCAAUUGUACCAAUGAAUACAUCACUUUUAUUCUGGGGUGAAAAAGAGAUUAGCUUAGAUAAUGGUAUUAACAGAGAACAUAGAUUUUUGGGUGACUCCUACGAACCCACCAUAUCAAUAGAUAACUUUAAUAUGCUUAAUCAAUUCACCUACACCCUAGAAGACGAAGCACCGGUAACUAUUCCAUGUAACUUUCCAUUAAAAAAUGGCAAACUAUGUCCAAGACGUGACAUCAAUAUUUGCCCGUUUCAUGGUAAAAUUAUUCCCAGAGAUGAUAAAACUGGUGAACCAAUCGAAGAAGAGGAAAGCAGUGAAGAUGAAGAUGGUGAAGAUACUAAUGAUGGUCAAACUCCAACUAAAAAAAGCAAAUCUCCCGAUCCAUCUUUAAUGAUUCCAAAUCCAUUAUUCAAAACUCCAUCAAAAGAUGAUAAACCAAAAAAACGAAGACCAAAUUCCAAACUUAUCAAUGUCAAAGCUGAAAAUGAUACUGCUAAAUCAAAAAUCGAUAAAAUUUUAAAAAAACAAAAGGUUAUUAUAGAAGAAAAAUUGGUAUAA